UGCAGUGGGGAGCUAGUGCAAUCUUUGGCCAACGCGAGGCGCGACUACGUGCACUCCGGUGAAGACCACUACUCAGAAGUGACAACGAAGGCGUCCGAGCUCUGCGAGAGCUUGGGCGACCUUGCGGUCGUUGCACGCCGGCGAGACUUCGAACCGUUCCUGUACGGUCAGGACUCUUUGGAGUACGUACGGGGCCAGAUAGUCGCACCGGCCUCUCGGACGAAGGAGCUCACUCAGGCUCUUGGUUUGCGUAGGCUGGAGCUCCGAGACGACUCACGGCUCUGCAACGAUUACAUAGAGUUUGGCGUCGGCGACAUCGACGAGAUCGUAGAUAUCAUGGACGAAAUGCGCCUCUACUACGCCCACACGACUACCCAAACGAAGUAG